CCGGUAUAUUAUAUGUAUAGACAACAACAUCUUAAACGAGGCGUCAGUACAAAAUUACAACGUUGUUAUUUCAUCGUAAAAAUAUUGUUUUAUUCACAAAAUAAUUUUAACGUAGUUGGGUGUGAGUGAGAGUUCAAAUAGACUAUCAACACGGAUUACAAACAAGCAACUUUUUAUAAAUUUUAAAGUAUUUCAACAUGAAUUAUAUUACCAUUUUACUUGUUGCCACAUUUAUAUACACCUGCGCUGGCACUAACAUCCGGGAGAAACGCGACGAACGCAGCGAUGUUAACGCAGAGGCCAUUGAACUAAGCUUACAACUAAAGGAUACAAUCAGCGCGCUCAAAUUACGACCAAUGACCAAUGGGGCUGCCAUCGAGCGAUUGGGCAAAGCCAAAAGUCAACUAGAUCAAUUAAUUUAUCUGUUGGGCGUGGCCCAGGUUCAAAGCGAGAUUGAAGCCAACACUGCAAAAUUGCGGGACACCAUCACCUCGGUCAGAUACGAGUUGGAGACUGUGCCCAGGGAGGGGUCCAGCGAACCCGUUAUCCCCGAUAAAGGGCCCAAUUUUCCCGAAGUCAAAACUAUGGGCCCAGAG